CGCCAAGAUCAUCCUUCCUUGCUCACUAUACUAGUUUAUUAAUACUAGUUAUCCUCGCCAGAACGGCCUUUCCAAAGUCCUAUGAAUACACCACUGUUUCUUUCUCCAUCGGCUAGCUGUUCUUCGCACCCUGCACGAGAAACCCAAGGGAAGGCUCCUCCGUCUCUUUCUCCGAGGACCACAGGAUGAACAAUCUUCUCUCGGAUUCCUUUGAGAGGGAUGAGAAGCCAGAAAGCGAGAGGGACAUCGAGAUGGGGAAUCGAAAUCCCAAGGACAACUCCGACUACGGUCUCAAAGACUUCUUUGAACAGGUCAAGGAGAUUGAGGUGCUGUUGGAUAAGAUGUCCAACAUAGUUCACAAACUUCAGGAAGCUAAUGAGGAAUCCAAGUCAGUCACCAAGGCUUCUGCAAUGAAAGUGAUAAAGGAGCGCAUGGAGAAGGACAUCGAUGGAGUACUGAAGAUCGCACGCAACGUGAAAGUGAAGCUGGAACAGAUGGACAGAAACAAUCUCGAGAACAGACAGAAGCCGGGGUGUGGGAAGGGCACCAGCGUAGACCGAUCAAGGAUGUCCAUGACCAUUGCAUUGAAGAAGAAGCUGAAAGAAAGGAUGAACGAUUUCCAGAAUCUAAGACAAACUAUACAAGAGGAGUACCGAGAAGUUGUAGAGAGGAGGAUCUUCACAGUCACGGGAACAAAGCCUUCUGAGGAGGUGAUUGAUCGUCUCAUCGAGACCGGAAGCAGCGAGCAGAUCUUUGAGAGAGCAAUCCAAGGGACAGGUAGAGGACAGAUCCUUGACACGGUUGAAGAAAUUCAGGAACGGCAUGAUGCAGUCAUGGAGAUAGAGAAAAGGCUCCUUGAACUGCAGAUGAUUUUUGCAGACAUGGCGGCACUCGUUGAUGCACAAAGAGAGGAUCUAGACAACAUAGAGAACCUGGUUCAAAAUGCUGUAAACCAUGUGGUGUCUGGUACCGAGGCGCUACGCACCGCGAAGAGCCUGCAGAAGAAGUCGAGAAAGUGCAUGUUGAUUGCGAUUAUCAUUCUGCUGGUAAUUGCCGCCAUAGUCGUGCUUUCGAUCUUAAAGCCUUGGGCUAAGUAAGGAGGAGCAAGGGAAAACGAACACUAUCUUCUGUUGCAUGUAUUCUAAGCUAAUUCUUUUGGCUACACCAUUCAGCUUAUACCUUAAGUUUUUUUUUUUUUGGUGCAAACGAAAUGAAAUUUCAGCUUAUCACAUUAUUCACAUGCUGGUUUUUUCUC